GUGUGUUGCUGGUAAAAGUACAAGUUGUAUUUUAGUGCAAGUUAGACUUCUGUAAUCUGUUAAGUUCAUUCAUUUUUCAUGGACCAAAUGAAUGAUGAAUUUAAUGCCACAUAUCUAACCUUCAGUGGACAUGUGGAACUGCACAGAUUCAGAUUUCUGUAUUUUCUGGUCAUGUUUAUUGUGUAUGUUCUAAUACUCUGCAGUAAUUCCAUUAUCUUGUGCAUCAUCUGGAUUCAUAAAAGCCUCCAUGAGCCCAUGUACAUUUUCAUUGCAGCUUUGUUACUAAACUCCAUUCUUUUCAGCACCAAUAUCUACCCAAAGCUUUUGAUCGACUUUCUAUCUGACAAGCAGGUCAUAACUCAUUCACAUUGUGUCUUUCAGUUUUUUGCCUAUUAUUCUCUAGGUGGAUCUGAGUUCUUACUGUUGUCAGCCAUGGCCUAUGACAGGUAUGUGUCUAUAUGUAAACCUCUGCAAUAUCCAGUUAUCAUGAGAAAAUCAACUGUCAGUGUUUUGCUGCUUUUAGCUUGGCUUCUGCCUGUUCUUCAGCUUAUGCUGCCAGUUUUAAUUAGUAAUGAUUUACAACUCUGUAGAUUUACUUUGACUGGAAUUUUUUGUAAUAACGCAAUUUACAACCUUUUUUGUGUGACCUCAAGAACUCUGUCAAUAUAUGGCAUGUUUGCUUUGCUUAGCACAGUGCUUCUCCCCAUGCUUUUUAUACUGUUUACAUAUGCAAGGAUUCUUAUAAUAUCCUACCAAAGCAGCAGAGAUGUCAGGAAAAAAGCUGCACAGACCUGUUUACCUCACCUGCUGGUUUUAAUGAGCAUAUCAUGUUUGUCCUCUUAUGAUAUCAUUAAAGCUCGGCUGCAAUUUUAUUUCCCCAGUACUGCACGUUUAAUAAUGACUUUACAACUGAUCAUCUAUCAUCCUCUGUUUAAUCCAAUCAUAUAUGGCAUAAAAAUGAAAGAAAUCUCUAAACACCUAAAGAAACUGUUGUGUGAAGGGAAACUGAACUAAUAUGUUAAAACUAAAGUAAAUUCAAACAACAUUCUUUUGUAAAGCAAAAACAAAUUGCACAAGUAUUCAAAAUGAUAGACUAUCAUUAGCCUUCAUAUAGCUAGAUGUUGUUAUUAUAUGGAUUUUUUUUAGCAUGUGCAGUUUUUAUACUGUAUACAGUAUGUACUAUUAAAUAACAGUGUUUUGUAUUUCCACUCUUGGUACAUCACUAAAUGAUAAUAAAUGCAAAUGUCACUUUUUUCAUUCAUAGCUUUACCAUUAAACAAUAGAAAAUGUCCUGUUUUUCAUUAGGAAAGUACAAAAUUAAUUUCUUGAAAGUGUCCUGUAUUUUACUGGUCAAUAUUAACCAAGCAACUGUAUGUUUAUUUGUAUGUGAAACGUAGAAGUGAGGUCCAGUAAUAAGUCAUCACUCGUGGAGAUGUGUGUUGAUGCCAGGAGUGAACAAGGCCUCAUAGUCAAUGUGGCUCUUAUUGUGCUAUGCCAUAGUAUAAUAUGUGUUGAUCAUAAUAAAACAAGUACCUUAAUGUCUGCAUUUCAAGUCGGUAUUGUACAAAUUGUAUAUUGUCACUAUACUGAUGUAGGCACUGCGUGAAAAGCCAGAUUAUCGGCCCUUUGAACUGCUGACAACCUACCAAGUUCCCAGCAGUUACCAGCUGUGAACUCCAAGUUUGCCUGUGCCAUAAACUGUCUGAAAUACACCCUGUCUGUGGGGCAGGGGGUGGGUGUGUGGGGCAAGGUGGGGAUGAGACUUCAUACCUAUAUGGCAUGACAGAAGUGUGAAAAACUAAUUAGCAUCUGGCCUGCCUGACUGGCGACACUCAGGACAUCCACUGAAUGAAACGAGGCGCGAACACCAAAAAAAACCAAACUGUGUCAUGAUUGGUUGAGAGAUCUGUUCCUAUCGGUCGACCCCUGGGCCAUCAUAAUCAGUUCAUAGCUAUUAAUGUCAUGUUAAACAGUACAACUUUUAGACAUGUAAUUGCAGGAGUUUCCUGGCUUCAUCCCCAUCCAGAGAGACAUUUUUAUGGAAAGUCAGUAGAAGUUUGGAACUUGAAGGGAACAGAUACUUCAUAUCAUCAUCAUUUCUCCCUGUUGAGGGCAUUGCUGGAAGAUGUGUGGUAAACACAUCCACUGUACACGUAAGCAACAUAAAAGAAAAGGUGGUUGUUUGAGAUUUAAGGUACUGACAGUGUUGAAAGUGCCUGUGAUUUGCUUUGAUUUUAUUUUUAUAAAAGCUGUAUAAACCCUGUGUAAAUUAAAGUUUAA